AUGUCCAAACCCAAGGCAGGGCCUCCUCCUGGCUGCACCCUGGACGUGAAGGACCCCCAGGUCCAGGAGGCUGCCAUACGCAUCCAGGCCUCGUACCGGGGGCACAGAUCCCGUAAGGAGCUGAGGGAGAAAGGUCCUCCUAAGAUCCUGCAGGAGCUGCGGGACGUGGUGCUGCUGGAGGGCAGCGCUGCCAAGCUGGAGUGUCGGGUCAGCGCCUUCCCAGACCCCUUCAUCGUCUGGUCCAAGGACGGCCGGGAGCUCAAGGACGACCCUAAGUACCGCUAUGUGUUUGAGGACCCUGACUUUGUGGCUCUGGUGGUGCGAGAUGGCGUUCUGGCAGACCUGGGGAAAUACACGGUCACCAUAAAGAACCCGUUUGGACAGACGUCUGGAUCCGCCUGUAUUCUGGUAGAAGUCCCUGCUAAGGUGACCAAAGGGCCAGACAGCGUGAAGAAGAAGCGAGGGACCACUGUGGUGCUGAGGGCGGAGAUCAGUGGGGAGCCGCCUCCGGACGUUGGCUGGAUCAAAGAUGGAGACGACAUCGAGGAGGACGAAAGAGUGUUCUAUGAUAUUGGGGACACCAACACAAUCCUGACCAUAAAAAAUGCUCAACUAUCAGACGCGGGCAAGUAUGAGGUGUUUGUGGAGAACAGCCUGGGUACGGACCAGUCGUUCGCACGUGUGGACAUUCUGUGACCUGCCCUGGUUCUUUGGCCAUGACGGUUCCCGCAUGGCCGGGGAAAACUGCCUACAAGCUGCUCUCCAGGAUAGUAGUGCUGUGAACUGAUGUACAUAACAUAAGAAAUGCCUCAAUAAAAUAUAAAGGAAAUGGCUUUGCUAUGUAUGUGCUGUGGCAACUGUAUACAAGAUAUUUUAAGGAACUCGCAGUAACUGCAUAAAAAUGCAUAAAAAUAACUUGAUGUUGUAAUUAUAAUGGAAUAAUCAUCUACUUCCGAAAACAAAGGCUAUCUAUAAAUAUACAUGAAAAUUAAAUGUUGAGUGCCAGAAAAACAAUGUUCGGAACCAACUGUGUAUUUACUUCAUGUACUAGGUUCAUCUGUAACAAUUCGUAAUUUAUGGAAGGUGAAACACAUAAAAUACAACUAUUUCUUAAA